AUGCUCCAAUUGAUCUACGCCGCUUCUUCUUCUUCUCGCCUGAGAAAAGCCACUCGCCGUCAACUUCGCCGCUUCUUCUCGCCUGAGCGAAUGGCGGCUCUCUCUGCUCCAUCACCGUAUAUGCAUUAUCCUCCUCGACGAGCUUCUCGGACUCCUAGCGCAGGUUCAGUUACAUGCAUUAUGAUCACGACCAUGGUCCCAUACACAACUCUAUCGAGACACUAG